AUGUGGACACAAACGGUGUGCCGAGUUCUGGCGUCGUUAACUCUUGCCCUGCUCAAUUUCACAGUGAGUUUUCUUCGACUUUUUUUUGGUCUUAUCAUCAGCUCAUCUCGACCUAGAAUAGAGUAAUUUUGGGCUAAAAAUUUGAGAUUUAGAAAGCAUUAUAUUUGAAAUUUCCUCGCUUUAUUUUGAAACCCCUUUGCUUACAAAUUACGACCACACAAAACUGCGAAACAAAUUACAAUUUACGACCGUACUGGGGCGCCAAAUCCUCUCCAAAUGUUGCCGUCAUUUCCCCACAAAAAAAAAUUAAAUUUCGUCUGGCGCGAUUUGUUUUUCCGUUAUCCGUGGAUGAUCCUAUUAGAAUUCGCAACUUCGAACAAGGCCCUUAUCCCGCGCCGAUCUAAUCCCGAUUUCCGUGGGGCGCUUUUGGGAAAAUUAAAUAAUUUGGGUUUAAAAAAUUUUAAAAAAAUAUCCAUAAAAACCUCAAGUACCCUCAGAACGUCGUGUACUCUUUGGCCUGAUAAUUUAUUCCUUCUUGUACAAUUAGUAUUCUUAUGGGGGAAAAAAUCGGAGAAACCGGCUCUAAUUAUGAUAAUCUGUCAGCGUUCAAUUAGCGAUUGUUUUUUUCCGAAACUUGAAACAUUGAUUAUACAGAGGAGGAUAUUAUUAUGAAGCCCGAAUACUCAAUUUUUUCCUAAUGGGAGAGGCGUUAAUAAGCACCGUAUACCUUCGGGAUUAGGGUAAUUCAGGGGUUUGCAAUGCCAUAGAUUUGAAAAAAAAUUAAAAUAAUUUUGGAUUAGCAGCUGAAACGGUAGCAACGAUUACCUGUCAUUUAUUUUUCCAUUAAUUUAUAGUUUUGGACGCAAAAAAUGUCAAUAUUUUUUAAGCACUCUCUUUGCUAAAUUACUGUAUCGCUAAGAGCCUUUUCUGAAUUUACGACCGCAUCAUGACGCCUAAUCUCUCCGUUCAUGUAAACAAUUUUACGGCCAACUCUAUUCGACCCUGCCCUAAAACUUUGCGAUUGUUUUUUGUCUCGCUUCACGGCCAUCUUUGCUAAUGAUUCCAGUCGUAAAAAAGUGCCAAUACCUUUGCUUUUUUCGCCGCGUUUUCAGCCAAGACGGGACGAGUACAAAAGGUAUUAAUACCCGUACAAAAAACCGUAUAUUCCAUCGAAAAUACGCCUCCUUGUUGGCUUAAGGGAAAUACAAUUAGUCAGCGGUUCAACUCGAUUUUUGCAGAAAAAAAGUCGACUACGUAGAGGACUAGAACCGAACACAAUUCGGCCCCAAAUACAAUGCCAUUUCCUUGUUAAAUUGAAUUGUAGCGAGUGGACUGACUUUACGCACUUUUGAGUUUACCUUGUAAUACAUAUCUAAAAGUGUAAUACAUAUCUAGAAUUGUAACGAUAUGCAUAUAAUAUUUAGUUUAGUGGAGGGUCGUAACGCCAGAGAAUGUCUUUUAGUUGAGUGAAGAGUUGUUGAAGGGAUUAAAAUAAAAAAAUUUAUAGUCAUUUUUUUGAACUAAAACCUUUCGAAAUUCCACAACCGAAAGUACAAACGUCUUUCAAUUUAGUGUAAAGUUUCCGAAAGAGAUGUUGGCUACAAAAGACCGACUAAGUCUGGGAUACAUAAUAUUUAUCCUAACCUUUUUGUUCUACAAAAUAAUUGUAUACAACCAUUUUCAGACGAUAACUGCCUCCCACUCAAAAGCACGACUAAAUGUUUACUUCGAACCUCAGAACAUGGAGAGCACUCGGUUCUUCAAAUCACAACUCCUACCGCUUUACGAGAACACAGAGCUCGGGGAUCGAGUGGAACUCCGGUUGGUGCCUCAUGGCCGAGCGCACUGCGAUAAUGUGGAAAAGGAUUAUGUGUAAGUUCAUUUCACAGUUUUGUCUUCUACAUCAUCGAGUCUUUUAUUAACUUUUCUUUUUUAGUAUUUCUCCGUCUUUCAUAUUUUAAUAGGUCAUCUGGCUGGGAAUCCAAAAAUAGCAGAUUUUCACCAUCAACCAGGCUGUAGAUCAUGUCUCCGACAUUUGCCUAUCGCAAAUUAGCCUUUUAUGACACUAUUUUACACCCAUCGAUCAUCCACAUAAUAACUAACUCAUCAUUUAUCUUUCAUUUGCCGCAUAGCUAAUGUAAUCCAAUAGUGGGCUGUUUAAUGGCAUCACUUAAUUUCUUCGCUAAAAAUCUAUGCUACACUAUUAAAGUGGACCCAAUUCUAACCGACUCUGUUUUCAGAUGCUCUUGCCCUCAUGGUGACGACGAAUGCGAGCUAAUGUACCUGAUGUCCUGCAUUCUGCACGACUUCCGGCAUCACGGUCACGCGGUGGACACAAUCGCCUGCAUUCAAGGCCAAUCCUCAAUGCAAAGCGCCCUGGACGAAUGCAUUGUGCCGCUGAGGCCGAAGCAGCGCAAAUGGUACGGCGAAUGCUCGAAUACGUUCCGCGGACACUACUUAUCGUGGCUUCAAGGCCUGCGAACAAAUGCCCUCGGCAUGCCCUUGUCGAAUGUGCCGUUCCUCGUGCUGGACGGGCAUGUGAACGAUAUUGCCAUUGAGAACCUACAAAGCGAGAUCUGCGCGGUGUUAGCGCAUCCCAAGCCGGCGGUUUGCGAGUGA